UUCCUUUGUGGCGUGAUGAAGACUUACCGACAGAGAGAGAAGCAAGGUAGUAGCAAAGUACAAGAGUCCACGAAAGGACCAGAUGAGGCAAAAAUAAAGGCCCUUUUAGAUCAGACCGGAUACACUUUGGAUGUUACCACUGGGCAGAGGAAAUAUGGAGGCCCCCCACCUGAAGAAGUUUUCACAGGCGCACAACCAGGGUUUGGGACAGAGGUAUUUGUGGGGAAGAUCCCAAGGGACUUAUAUGAAGAUGAGCUGGUGCCGCUCUUCGAGUCGGCUGGACCCAUUUGGGACCUAAGGUUAAUGAUGGACCCGCUUUCUGGGCAGAAUAGAGGUUAUGCCUUCAUCACAUUCUGCAAUAAGGAGGACGCACAAAAAGCUGUGAAGCUUUGUGAUAACUAUGAAAUCCGUCACGGCAAGUACUUGGGAGUGUGCAUAUCCGUUGCCAACAAUCGUCUGUUUGUUGGCUCUAUCCCAAAGAACAAAACUCGAGAAAGUAUAUUGGAGGAUUUUGGCAAAGUAACAGGUCUUCCAGAGGGUCUCCAAGAAGUAAUCAUCUACCACCAGCCAGAUGAUAAGAAGAAAAACAGGGGAUUCUGUUUUCUGGAGUACGAAGACCACAAAUCGGCCGCGCAGGCUCGUCGCCGCCUCAUGAGCGGCAAGGUCAAAGUUUGGGGGAAUCCAGUUACUGUCGAGUGGGCUGACCCUGUUGCUGAGCCAGACCCAGAAGUCAUGGCAAAGGUAAAAGUGCUCUUUGUAAGGAAGCUUGCCACAGCAGUGACUGAAGAGCUCCUGGAAAAGACCUUCUCUCAGUUUGGGAAGCUGGAGCGAGUGAAGAAAUUAAAAGACUACGCUUUUGUUCAUUUCGAAGACAGGGAUGCCGCUGUUAAGGCCAUGGAUGAGAUGAACGGUAAGGAGCUUGGCGGCGAUGAAAUUGAGAUCGUCUUGGCCAAGCCUCCUGAUAAGAAGAGGAAAGAGCGCCAAGCAGCUCGGCAGACCCCCAGGACUACAGGGUAUGAUGACUAUUAUUACUACCCACCUCCACGCAUGCCUCCGACAGGGCGUGGCAGAGGUCGCGGUGGCCGUGGCGGUUAUUCAUAUCCGACAGAUUACUAUGGCUAUGAAGAGUAUUACGAUGACUACUAUGGCUACGACUAUCAUGACUAUCGCGGUGGCUACGAAGACCCGUACUAUGGUUAUGAAGACGUAUACAGCAGCAGGGGUCGCGGCAGCCGUCCCGGUAGGGGCGGGCCGACACCAUCCAGGGCCCGCGGCGUGCCCCCCACCCGAGGCAGAGGGGGCUACUCCCAGAGAGGGCCGCCCCUCGGGGCGCCGAGGGGUAGCCGAGGCGGGCGGGGCACCCCGUUCCAGCCGCAGAGGGGCCGCGGGCCUCGCGGGGCCCGGGGCAACCGUGGGGGAAACGUCGGAGGCAAGAGGAAGGCGGAUGUCUUCAACCAGCCCGACUCCAAGCGCCGCCAGACCAACAACCAGCAGAACUGGGGGUCCCAGCCCAUCGCCCAGCAGCCUCUGCAGCAAGGGGCCGACUAUUCCGGUAACUAUGGUUACAGUAAUGACACCAUGGAGUUUUCACAGGAUUCUUAUGGGCAACAGUGGAAGUAAAGACACCAUA